CGAUAUGGAAAUUGAGGCACCAACACCAACACAAGAUUUUAGUGUCCUAGGUUCAAAACCCAAUGAUGAGGAUGAAAUGGGAAAAUCUCUCCAUGAAGAAAUAAUAGUGCGCUGGAAUACGUAUCUUCAAAAAGGAUUCGACAAAACCCAACGUGAAGAAUUAAUGGCAAAAUAUAAACUUCCCGUGAACUGUAAAAUGUUGAUCCCCCCUCUGGUCAAUAAGGAGAUUCUGCCAUGUCUACCUAAGUCAGCUAAUGAAAAUGAUCAUUUUCUGAUAGCCUUACAAAAACAAUUAGCUCAUGGACUGACGGCUGUAGGUACAGUCAUAGAAACCAUGAUUUCUGUUGAGGAGCAAGCUGAAAAUAUAAAAACUCUAGCUGAUGCCUGUCAGUUAUUCUGCAACAUCCAUUACGCCAUUUCAGCUCACCGAAAAUACAAAAUUAUUCCCUAUUUGAACCAGGACUGCCGAAAGGUGGCCAAAACCAUGAACAUAGAAGAAUUUCUAUUCACAAAAAAUUUCGCAGAGGCCGUAAAAAAUGAACAAGCUAUGAGAAAAGCAAGUUCCGAAUUCAAGAAAACUACUUGGCAACCGAUUAAUCUACCAGGCUCUUCUGGAACUCAUCAUUCAAGACAUUUAAACUACCAGCGUCCCAAAUACAAAGGCAGAAUGAAAAACCAAAGGAGGGAGGAGAAGAAACCGCUUACUCGAUACAGGACAUUCACGAAGGAGAGGAAACACAACAGACAACAAUAGAUUCAGAGCAAACGGGAGAGUCAUCCGCUCCACAGAGAAAUUUCCCUGGUGGCAGGGAGAUUAUACGGCGGUCUCUAUUGAAAAAAGGUGUACCAGAGGCCGCAAUUGAAGUCAUAACUGCAUCAAUUUCCAAAGGAACCCUGAAACAAUAUACAGCUUGUUUUA